AUGCCAUGCGCCCUAAAAGGUACUGAAACCACAAUUCCUACUCCUUCAACUACGACUGAAUUUGCAGAAACUACGGUUACUACUACUACUACUGCAACUACUGAACUCGCAGAAACUACUACUGCUACGACUAUCACAAAAAUCGUCACCUGGACUUCUACUGCCACUGAAAGCAUAGACACCAACACAGAACAUGCAGACACUACGGUCAUUGCCGCCGCCAUCGAAAGAGUUACCGAAUUAACUGUUGCUACCAAAAGAGUUGCUGACACAGCCGCAAACAUCGCUGCAGGAGAUGCUACCGAAAUAGCAGAUGAAGUUGCCAAAACAGUUGAUAUUGUUGCUAAAAAUGCCAAUUCCGAAGCAGCCAGAGAAACUGCGGAAAAUGCUGCAAAUCUACCACCAGAAACUACUUCGAAAACUGAUGUCAACAUUGAAGAAGUUUAA